AUGAGUGGUAAAGAUUUGGUGUUACUCGCCAAAAGAAUAUCGGAACGGUCAGUUAAAGGAGAAAUAGAUACUGCAAGAAAGAUAUUUGACGAAAUGCCCCAUCGAGAUUGUAUUACUUGGAACGUUAUGCUUAAGAGUUACAUUGAGAAUCAUAGGAUUAGUGAUGCGCAAGAUAUGUUUGAAAGGAUGCAUGAGAAGAACACUGUAUCAUGGAAUUCAAUGAUCAUGGCUUAUGCCCGAGAAAGAAAGAUGCAUAUCGCGCUGAAGCUGUUUUCUAUCAUGCCUGAUAAGGAUGUUACCAGCUGGACUACAAUCAUUUCAGGGCUUUCUCGAGACAGACAAAUAACAGAUGCGUGGCGGUUGUUUAAGCUAAUGCCUGAACCUAACUCUAUUUCAUGGUCUGCGAUUAUAUCAGGAUUUCAACAAAAUGGGUUGGCUUCUAAAACCUUGAUUCUUUUUAGACAAAUGUUAUCAGUGGGUAUUCGACCAACUCCCCAUUCAUUUACUAGCGUUUUUACUGCUUCCGCAGAUGUAGCUGCACACUCAAUUGGCCAGCAAUUGUAUUCUCAAUGCAUUAAGGCGGGGUUUGAGGGUAACACUUGUGUAGGAAACUCGGCCAUUUCUAUGUUUGUGAAAUCUGGGAAUUUGGAUUUUGCAAGGGGAAUAUCUGAAGGUUUGCCUCAGCCGGACAUUAUCACCUGGAAUUCUAUGAUUGUGGGUUAUGGGCAAAAUGGGUAUGCUGUGGAAUCAAUUUUGGUUUUCCAUCAAAUGCAAAAAACUCACUUUUUACCUGACAGCAUUAGUUUCUUGGGUGUACUUCAAGGGUGCAGCCACCGUGGACUUGUGGAAGAAGCAAUUCAAUACUUUAAAAAUAUGAAAAUGGAUUAUGGUAUUUCCCCUGGACCUGAGCACUACGCUUGCAUUGUGGAUGUCCUCUCACGUGCAGGAUUCGUCAAAGAAGCAUUGAUGAUAGUAAUGAAAAUGCCAUUUGAACCAGUGGCCAUCUUUUGGAGAACAUUGCUGAACGGGUGUAAGAUUUGGGGAGACUUGAAAUUGGGCAUGUUUGCAGCUGCUCGAGUAUUAGACCUUGAACCCCAUAGUUCAAGUGCUUGUUUGAUGGCCAUUGAGAUUUAUUCAUCUGUUGGACGAUCCGCGGAUGCCUUAGAUAUGAGGAGGAGAAUGAAUCAAAGAGAAGCAAAGAAGGAGAUUAGUUACAGUUGGGUUGACAUAAAUGGUAAGGUACCUUUGUUUACCACAAGGGAUGAAACUCAUGCUGAAUCAGAAAAUAUUUACAAUACACUUGAGCUGUUAUACUAUGAUAUGCAGUAG